AGACAACGCUAGUCGAGACUUUGGCAAGGGUUCCCAAAAAAUUAUCUGCAGAGAAGGGAUCGUGUGCAGAGUGGCUAGACUGGAGGAAGAUCGACUCUUUCUCUUUGCUGCACCGCAGAGUGUUGACGUUGAUUGCGAUUGAUUCCCCAACGGAAUUUCGCCCAAUAUGGACGAGCAAUCGCAUAAGCCUCAUCGGAAGGCAAAGCCUGAAAAGAAACACGCUUCAGGCGAGCGAAACCCGAAAGCUUUCGCCGUCUCCAAUCCCGGAAAACUCGCCAGACAAGCCGCAAGAUCUCAAGACAUCAGAGAAAAGUCUCUCCAUGUCCCCCUCGUCGAUCGCCUGCCCGAGGAGGCACCCCCUCGUCUCGUCACCAUCGUUGGGCCACCUGGUGUCGGCAAGACAACAUUGGUCAAGUCCUUGGUUCGUCGGUAUGCGAAGGAAUCCAUGACAGAUCCCCAAGGUCCCAUUACCGUCGUCACCUCCAAGAAGCAGCGACUCACCUUUGUCGAAUGUCCCAACGAGCUCGAGGCCAUGGUCGACAUGGCCAAGAUUGCCGACAUUGUCCUGCUCAUGAUUGACGGAAACUAUGGCUUCGAGAUGGAGACCAUGGAGUUCUUGAAUAUUCUGUCGGCAACCGGUAUGCCAGGCAAUGUCUUUGGUAUCUUGACACAUCUGGAUCUUUUCAGAAAGCCCCAGCAGCUCAAGGAUGCCAAGAAGCGACUGAAGCACCGUCUCUGGAGAGAACUUUACGCCGGCGCCCAUCUGUUCUAUCUCUCCGGUGUCAUCAACGGACGCUAUCCCGAUAGGGAGGUCCAAAAUCUGUCCCGCUUCCUCUCCGUCAUGAAGAACCCUCGACCUCUGAUCUGGCGCAACUCGCAUCCCUAUACCAUCAUUGACAGUUUCAGAGACGUCACUCACCCGACCCAGAUCGAAGCAGACGACAAAUGCGACCGCACCAUAGCCCUCUCCGGGUACCUUCGCGGAACAAACUUCUCUGCUGAAGGCCAGCGAGUACACAUACCGGGUCUUGGCGAUUUCAACGUCAAAGCAGUCGAAACCUUGCCAGAUCCCUGCCCAACUCCUCAAAUGGAACUGGCCAUUGCGAAAGUGACCGGAAAGGUUGGCAGGAGGAGACUGGAUGAGAAAGAGAAGAAGCUCCACGCUCCAAUGUCCGACCGUAGCGGAUUGAAGAUCGAUGGUGACGCUAUCUGGAUCACUCGCGAUAAAGGCUUCACAUUUAACAAGGAGGCAACCGAGAUUGAGCGAGGUGAGGGAGAAGAGUUGAUCAUUGGGCUUCAGGGAGAGCGUCGGCUUCUCGGUCAGACCGAAGACGGUAUGCAGCUCUUCCGUGACGGCGAGAAGAUCACAAGCGUCCCGGAAGAAGAAGACACCGGGCGCAAAAGCCAGAGAACCGCAAGACUCGCUGAGAGGGAGGAAGGUGAAGACGACUUUCCCGAAGAUGAGGGCUUCGCUAGUGGUGACGACAACGAAGGCGACGAGGAUGAAGACGCCGAGUUCGACGAGAAGAAGCUUGGCAAAAUGUUCCGCAAGGACAUCGACAAAAACGGAGACGAAGACGAGGUGGCUUUUGCAGAUAGCGAUUCCGAUUUGGGAUCACUCUCAGGCGCCGACGAUGAUGACGAUGAGGAGGACUCUGAAGAUGAGCUGGAUGACGACGACGAGGAAUCUGCGGCCCUUCGCUGGAAAGAGAACAUGACCGAGAGGGCACAAAAGCUGCACGGUGGUCGUCGCUCGUAUCGUACUGGAGACUUGGCACGAAUGAUGUACGACGAAUCCAUCACUGCAGAUGAAGUCUUGCGCAGGUGGAAGGGUGAAGUCGAUGCGGACGAAGAGGAGGAAGAAGAUAUCGAGGCCGAUUCUGAUGACGAGGAGUUCUUCAAGAAGGCCAAGCAGGAGAGUGACGAUGCCUCGGCAGAUGACCGCGCCGUACCUGUUUACGACUAUGAGCAACUUGCCGCAAAAUGGUCGGUGGCAGACAAUGUUGAACUACUUCGACAGCGCUUCACUACAGCUACUCUGAACGGUGCUGAUGGUGAAGACGGCGACGACGGCUUUGAAGGGUUUGACAACGACUCCGAAGGUGAUGGAGAGUUUGAAGAUCUCGAGACCGGCGAAAAGCACAAGGCAGAGGCUGAAGCAGCAGCAGCGAGCUUAGAAGAAGAGCGUGCCAAGAACGCCAAGCGAAAGGAAGAGCUCAAGCUACGCUUCGAAGAAGAGGACAGGGAGGGUUUCGCCAACGACAAGGCAAAUGCACGAAGGGAGGUUGGCCAGAACCCUGAUGAGUUCGGCGAGGAUGACUGGUACGAUGCUCAGAAAGCUCUUAUUCAGAAACAACUGGACAUCAACAAUGCUGAAUUUGGAGCCCUUGACGAACGGCAGAGAGUUGCAGUCGAAGGUUACAAAGCUGGAAAAUACGCCAAGCUGAUCAUCGAUGGUGUACCUGCAGAGUUUGUACAGAACUUCAACGCAAAAUUGCCCGUUAUCGUUGGCGGUCUGGCACCGACAGAAGACAGAUUUGGCUAUGUUCAAGUGAGAAUCAAGCGCCACAGAUGGCACAAGAAGAUUCUGAAGACAAACGAUCCUUUGAUCUUCAGUUUGGGGUGGCGGCGGUUCCAAACACUUCCCAUUUACGCCAUAUCAGAUUCACGAACAAGGAAUCGCAUGCUCAAGUACACGCCGGAACACAUGCACUGUUUCGCCACUGUCUAUGCUCCUCUCAUCGCACCCAACACUGGAUUUGUUUGCUUCAACUCGUUCAGCUCGUCCAACCCUGGUUUCCGUAUUGCAGCAACCGGCACCGUUCUUAGUGUCGACGAGUCCAGCGAGAUUGUGAAGAAGCUCAAACUCACCGGUGUUCCAUACAAGGUCUUCAAGAAUACUGCUUUCAUCAAGGACAUGUUCAACUCGUCCCUCGAGAUUGCCAAGUUCGAGGGAGCCGCUAUCAAGACGGUCAGUGGAAUCAGAGGUCAAAUCAAGCGGGCAUUGAGCAAGCCCGAAGGUCACUUUCGUGCCACGUUCGAGGACAAGAUCCUGAUGAGCGAUAUCGUCUUCCUCCGCACCUGGUACCCGAUCAAACCACACCGCUACUACAAUGUUGUGACGAACCUUCUCGGAGGCUGGCAAGGUAUGCGCUUGACUGGUGAGGUACGUCGCGAUCAGGGUAUUGCCACACCACAGGACAAGAACAGCAAGUAUCGCACCAUUGAGCGAAAGACCCGCCACUUCAACUCAUUGAAGGUGCCACGUGCUCUGGCCGCCUCGCUGCCGUACAAGUCCCAGAUCGUCCAGAUGAAACCUCAGCGACACGAGACAUACAUGCAGAAACGUGCAGUUGUAUUGGGCGGCGAAGAGAAGAAGGCCCGGGAUCUGCUGCAGAAGAUCACGACCAUUCGCAAGGACACAGAAGCCAAGCGUGCGGCCAAGAAAGCCGAGAACCGCGCCAAGUUCAAGAAGAAGAUGGAGACAAUGAAUGAUAAGAAGGAGGCCAGGGAGAAGAGGGAGAAGAAAGAGUACUGGGAGCGGGAGGGUAAGAAGCGCAAGGCUGGCGAUGAGGGCGGUGGUGGCAAGAGGAGGAGAUAGAGGCUUGGUCUAAGAUAGACGAUAAGUGACACUAUGUAUAUAUAAAUAUUGAAAAACGAAGCCUUACACGUCGAAAUGUCGAGUUGUGGCUCUCUCCUG